UAUUGAAGGGGGCUUUUGGGGGACAUGCCGCGGCUCCGCGUCCCUUGGGCUGUCGCCUGCUUCGUCUGGGCUUGUGGGGUCGGCUGUGGGGACCUGGACCCGCUCUGCCCCUCCUGGGGGCUUUGCCGGGCGCCCCUCGCCCUGAACGCAUCGCCCCCAUGGCAGGGCUGCGGGGAGACGUGGUGGGGAGCCGCCGGCCUCAGCCUCUGGGGGCUCUCCUCAGAUAGCCUCAUAGACUCUUUUCCAAUUGAUCCAAUCCAGGAAAAUUAUGUCCGUAAUGUGAGAAACUGCAUUUUUUCAGUUGUCUAUCCUACACCUUUUAAAUCCAAAGUUCUUCUUGUAGCUGUUUCAGAGGAUGUUAUUGAAAAUAUUUUGGAUCUUCAUAUAUCUGUCCAAGGAACAUCUGAUUUUCUGCAGUUUGUCAGUGGUGGGAAAGUGAUAUUUGGGUCUGUUCCAUUGGCCCACAGAUAUGGAGGACAUCAGUUUGGUAGCUGGGCAGGUCAGCUGGGUGAUGGAAGAGCUCACUUGAUCGGAGUAUAUACAAACAGGUAUUUUUGCAGGCAUGGUGAGAGGUGGGAACUCCAGUUAAAGGGCUCAGGAAAGACCCCAUACUCCAGGAAUGGUGAUGGAAGAGCUGUGCUUCGCUCUUCUGUGCGAGAAUUUUUGUGUAGUGAGGCUAUGCACUAUCUUGGAAUUCCAACAAGCAGAGCUGCCAGCUUAGUUGUAAGUGACGAUGAAGUGUGGAGAGACCAGUUUUACAAUGGAAAUAUUAAGAAAGAGAGAGGUGCUAUAGUGCUACGUCUUGCCAAAUCGUGGUUUCGUAUAGGAUCGUUAGAAAUCUUAGCUCAUUCUGGGGAACUGGACUUACAAAGGAGAUUGCUUGAUUUUAUCAUCCAGGAACAUUUUCCAUUAAUAGCUGUGAAUGAUUCAGAUCGAUAUCUGGAAUUUUUUUCUACAGUCGUAUCAGAGACUGCAAAUUUGAUUGCAUUGUGGAUGUCUGUGGGUUUUGCACAUGGUGUGUGCAAUACAGAUAACUUCAGCUUAUUAUCCAUAACAAUAGAUUAUGGUCCGUUUGGAUUUAUGGACUCCUAUGAUCCAAAUUUUGUUCCAAACACAUCUGAUGAUGAAGGGAGGUAUAAAAUAGGAAACCAGGCAAAUGUUGGGCUCUUUAAUCUGAACAAGCUGUUACAAGCUCUAAAACCUUUAUUGGAUCCCAGGCAAAAGCAGCUAGCUUCCCAGGUUCUGGAGGGAUAUGGUCAACACUAUUAUACCCGUUUUACAGAAUUGUUCAGAGCAAAACUGGGUCUCCUUGGGGACGAUGAGAAUGACAACUAUUUGAUUGGUUUCCUCCUAAAACUCAUGGAAGAUAGGAGGGCUGACUUUACAAUGACGUUUCGAGAGCUGAGUGAAAUUACUGAAGACCAGUUAAAGGAGCUCCACAUCCCUGAGGAGUUCUGGGCUCUCCAGGAUCUGGGUAAACACAAGUUAUUUUCGGAAUGGGUCUCUAUGUACCUCUUGCGAUUAGAACAUAACAAGGGUGAUACAGACGUCAAGAGAAGAAAAAGAAUGACAGCUGUUAAUCCCAGAUACGUGCUUAGAAAUUGGAUGGCAGAAUCAGCAGUGCAAAAAGCCAAUUUGAAUGAUUUUUCAGAGGUUCACCUUCUACAACAGAUUUUACAACAUCCCUUUCGGAGACAGGAGGCUGCAGAGAAAGCAGGCUACUCCCUACGCCCACCAGCUUGGGCCAAGGAUCUUAAAGUAAGCUGUUCAUCCUGAGAGGAAGUUAAACAAGAAAAAUGGUUGAGGUCCUGGCCAUUGGAAAAAUGGCUCAGGUCUUCACACAAGAAUCAAGCCAAAGGAAGUUGUCCCUCUUAUUCUUUGUGGACUGGAAUCUGCUAUGCUGCUAGACAAGGUCUUGACCAACUUGAUAAAGUCUAAAGGUUAAAGAAACAGACCACUACGUAUGGUUGCAUCAACAGCUCAUAUUGACAUUUAAUAACUCUGCCCUGUGAAUUCAGCUGUGCAUUAAUUUGAGUCCCAAUAUUUAAGUUCUGCCAAACUGCUACACGUAACAUCACAGAAUUCACGUCUACUCAGGUGGUAACGACUAAAGGGCUGGUCAAUUUAAAAUACAUCUAAAUUGGUUUUAAUCACCAAUUUUGAUUAAUGUUCUCAUUGUUACACACUUACCAAAUGUAGUUUUAUCUGAAGACUUAACAUUUAUGUCUUGCAGAGUACCGCCUUACUGCCUUUUCUGUCCUUGACCUUGUUUUGUCCCAUUAAGCUGCCAAUGAAGAUUUAGAGGAAAUUAAAUUGUAAGCAAAUACACCUGUCUUGGGAGUGACUUGGCCCAAAAUAUGGUUUGGUAUCUUUGGCAGAGUCAGGUGCCUGUUAAGCCUGGCUUACUGUUCUUUGAAAGUUUAUCUUCUGAUAGUAGUAGAGGGAUUGUUGGUGUGUGGAUGUAAUGACUCAGGGAAUGUUCACUGGUUGGACGUGGAAAAGGACUUUCUUGCACACCCUUAGGUACAUUGUCAGGACAGUGUACCUUUUGCAGUCGGCCUCCUGAUGCUGUUGGUCUGACAAAAAUAUUGCAGCGAAAAUAUUUAAAAUUAACUGAAGCUGUUACAUAGCAGUGCCUUGGAUUGUAACAGAGUGGGACUCGUCUUUGUUUUGAGUCCAGGGUCCUGUUAUUUAUCUUUGUUUAACGCUCCAAUUCCACAUCACAAAACUUUGUGUAUAAUUAAGCUAAAACUAAUACACGAGCUCUCAGGUGCAAUGUUCUGCUAGCAAAAUUUACUUAUCUGGGGUUUUGUUAUUUCUUGAUGUUACCUCCGCCCUUCCAAAAUCCAAAACGGAUUGGUUCAGAAUAUCCAAAUCUCUUCUGAAGAGAUUUGGAUCUCUUCACUUGCUUCUGAAAUGGAAUGCUUCUGAAGUGGUGCUAAGUGCUAUGAUUAGCAUUUCACAAAUCUAUUUCUAGAAAUAUAAUUAGUGGGGGAAAAUAAAUCUAUGUUAUUAGAAAUCUUUCACUGACUAAAAAAAAUACACAAAUGCCUUUGCUUCUUACAUACAAUCAGUGCAAUUAUUCAGGAUGGUUUCCCCUCAGAUGUACAGUUGCUCAGCCUGAGUUAACAUUCCUUGUGCGAGCAGUAAGUGCUAUCCUGCAGCCACUGGGAUUAGUGUUUGUGCUUGCAGCACCUCCAGGAAAAAAGGAGUGGGGUGAUGGGGGCGUUCUGUAAAAGCCCUGCAGCCGUGGGCUGUUCACAACCUGUGGGAGCAUUGCCAUUGAUACCUGUUCUCUGGUAAUUGCAAGAUAACGUGUUGUGAUGCAAUGUAAUCCUGACUACUCCGAUUUCAUAAUAGUGCUGCUGACCGUUAUGGGUAAUCACGCUGCCUUCAGGUGUUCUGCAAGGCCGUGACGAUUUGUAAGUCUUCGUUCUAUUGAAUCUCUUCUGUUCUGUUUGUUUCCCUCAAAGAGAAUAAGCAUGUAUCCCAGUUUGUAGGAGACUGUCAACAAUCCCUACAUAAUAGUUGUCCUGUACUUUUGCCACAAGGCCCACUUAAAUUUCUACUUUUGCUUGAAGUGCCUGAAAAAGAGUACUUGAAAAAUACAUGAAGAAGUUAUCUCAACACUACCUUAUGUUUUGUCAAAGUAGAGAAGUGAGAUCACAUCAUGCUCAGAAUUUUGUACCACUUCACUUUCUACUUGUAGAUUUUAAUAGUGAUGGUUUAUGAUUACAAUGUAAACAUUAAUACCGUGUUUCAUGAUGUAAGUCCUAAAAUUCUUACGUGGGCUUUUGCUUCCUGCUCUGGAGCUGCCUCUUCCUUCAUGUUACAUAAACACAGCAGUGAUGCAAAAGCAGCUGUGGAAUAGAAAUAUUGAUUAAGCAGUUACGUGUUUGUGCCGUCUUCUCUCUGUAUCGGAGGACUGCUAUGAGGGUCAGCAGUGAUCCCCCACGUGUGGACUUUCUUUUUCCACAUGAAAAAAAUGGUCUCUUGGAGUGGGUCCUUCUGUACCAGUGAUGUAAAAGUCCGAAGAAAAAGACAGCUGCUGAGCCUGCUUCCACUUGAGAUCUGGAGAAAGGUUAAGAAUAGCAUGCUGCAACUUCAGCCUCUGCUGAUGUACUUAACUGCAGGAGUAAGACAAUUUCAUAUGGCAAAAGGUUAGACAGGGGAAGAAGGAUUGAUUUCUACUUUCUUUUAGAAAUGCUUUGAAGAUCUUUUUCUAUUUUGUAGCAUCUCUUCUGGUGUCAAAUAAAGCCAGAUAAUUGUGUAUCAUUUA